AUGGACAUCAUGGCACACCAGCGGAGAUUGGCAGACGAAAAGGCGAGGAGCGAAAAGUUCUCGACCACGGCAGGAUUCGAACCUGCAAUCUUCUGCUCCGUAGGCAGACGCGUUAUCCAUUGCGCCACGCGGCCUACUGUGGAUGGAUAUCGUGGCACACCAGCGGAGAUUAGCAGACGAAAAGGCGAGGAGCGAAAAGUUCUCGACCACGGCAGGAUUCGAACCUGCAAUCUUCUGCUCCGUAGGCAGACGCGUUAUCCAUUGCGCCACGCGGCCUACUGUGGAUGGAUAUCGUGGCACUCCAACGGUGAUUAG